AUGCCUGUCCGGAGGGGUCAUGUUGCGCCACAAAACACGUUCCUGGGAGUAAUUAUUCGGAAAUUCGAAGGACAAAAUAAGAAAUUCGUCAUAGCCAAUGCCCGGGUGCAGAACUGUGCGAUUAUCUACUGUAAUGACGGCUUCUGCGAGAUGACGGGCUUCUCCAGGCCGGACGUCAUGCAGAAGCCGUGCACUUGUGACUUCCUGCACGGCCAGUUCACCAGCCGCCACGCUGUGGCCCAGGUGGCCCAGGCGCUGCUGGGCUCCGAGGAGCGAAAGGUGGAGAUCACCUACCACCGCAAGGAUGGUUCAAACUUCCUCUGCGCCACCCACAUCAUCCCCGUGAAGAACGAAGAGGGUGUGGUCAUGAUGUUCAUCCUCAACUUCGAUUACAUCCUGGACGAAGGCAGCAGCGACUCACUGGAGAGACUCAACCACACGUCCCCGUCCAAAGCUGACCAACGGAAAGGGAGAUUCUUUCGCUUCCGUUUCCCGGCCUUACCUCUCCUGGGCAUCAGCAAGCAGUCCCUGCCGCAGGAAGAUCCCGAUGCGGUAAUGGUGGACUCCCCUCGCCACAGCGACGGCUCGGUGGCCACGCGUGACUAUCAGCUCCCCACCACCCGCGAGAGCUGCAGUCCCUCCUAUGCCAAUGACACCCGUGCCCUCAUUGGCCCCAGCCACUGCUCCACCCCCGUCUCCGGGCCUCUGGACCACUCGUCGCCAAAAGGCCCCUGGGACCGGAUAUACCCGGACCAGGCCGUUGCCCAGACCCAGCACCAGAGUCAGGAGGACACGCUCAUUACAGCCCCGUCAAUCCCGGGCCUCACUCCGACCGCCUCCAGAGAGAGCAUGUGCAGUAUUCGCAGAGCCUCCUCCGUGCAUGACAUGGAGGGCUUUGGGUCCAACUCCAAGAUGGCAUUCAGGGACCGGCAUGCCAGUGAAGACAAUGGCCGCAAUAUAAAAGUAUCUCGCUCCUGGAUGGCUGGGGGGCCGCUCAGUCAGAUCAAGUCCAGCCUGCUCGGCUCCACCUCUGACUCCAACCUCAACAAGUACAGCACCAUCAACAAGAUUCCCCUCAUCACACUGAACUUCUCUGAAGCCAACAACGAGAAGAAGUGCCCCUCCCCUCCAUCCUCUGAGAAGACCAUCAUCGCCCCGAAAGUCAAAGACCGCACACACAACGUCACGGAUAAGGUCACACAGGUUCUUUCUCUGGGUGCAGACGUGCUGCCUGAGUACAAGCUCCAGACGCCACGUAUAGAUAAGUUUACAAUCCUUCACUACAGCCCCUUCAAAGCGGUGUGGGACUGGCUGAUCCUGCUGCUGGUCAUCUACACGGCCAUCUUCACCCCCUACUCUGCUGCCUUCCUCCUCAACGACAUCGAGGAGCAGAGGAGGCGGGAGUGCGGCUACUCCUGCUCGCCGCUCAACGUGGUGGAUCUGAUCGUGGACAUCAUGUUCAUUGUGGACAUCCUCAUCAACUUCAGGACCACUUACGUGAACAUCAACGAGGAGGUGGUGAGCCACCCGGCCAAGAUCGCCAUCCACUACUUUAAAGGCUGGUUCCUCAUAGACAUGGUGGCCGCCAUUCCAUUCGACCUGCUCAUCUUUGGCUCAGGAUCUGACGAGACCACCACUCUGAUCGGCCUGCUGAAGACAGCCCGUCUCCUACGGCUGGUGAGAGUCGCCCGUAAGCUGGACCGCUACUCAGAGUACGGUGCUGCCGUCCUGAUCCUGCUCAUGUGCAUCUUUGCGCUCAUCGCACAUUGGCUGGCCUGCAUCUGGUACGCCAUUGGUAACGUGGAGAGGCCUUACCUGGACCACAAGAUCGGCUGGCUGGACAACCUGGGGGUGUCAAUAGGAAAAAAGUACAACUACACUGACCCGAGCUCAGGUCCGUCCAUCAAAGAUAAGUACGUCACAGCGCUGUACUUCACCUUCAGCAGUCUGACCAGCGUGGGCUUCGGGAACGUCUCCCCCAACACCAACUCUGAGAAGAUCUUCUCCAUCUGUGUCAUGCUCAUCGGAUCUCUAAUGUACGCCAGCAUCUUUGGGAAUGUGUCUGCCAUCAUCCAGAGGUUGUAUUCAGGUACAGCCAGGUAUCACCUCCAGAUGCUACGGGUCAAAGAAUUCAUUCGCUUCCACCAGAUCCCCAACCCGCUGAGGCAGAGGCUGGAGGAGUACUUCCAACAUGCCUGGACGUACACCAACGGCAUCGACAUGAACAUGGUCCUGAAGGGUUUCCCCGAGUGCCUGCAGGCAGAUAUCUGCCUCCACCUCAACAAGAACCUUCUGCAGGGCUGUAAGGCAUUCCGCGGAGCCACCAAAGGCUGCCUCCGGGCCCUGGCCAUGAGGUUCAAGACCACCCAUGCACCCCCUGGAGACACACUGGUCCACAGCGGAGACGUGCUCACGGCACUCUACUUCGUCUCCCGCGGCUCCAUCGAAAUCCUCAAAGAUGACAUCGUGGUGGCCAUCCUGGGCAAGAAUGACAUCUUCGGUGAGAUGAUCCAUCUGUUCACCAAGCCAGGGAAGUCCUGUGCAGACGUGCGGGCGCUGAGCUACUGCGACCUGCACACCAUCCAGAGGGAGGAGAUCCUGGAGGUGCUGGACAUGUACCCAGAGUUCGCCGACCAUUUCCUCACCAACCUGGAGUUAACCUUUGACCUCCGUGAUGAAAAUGCAAAGACGACUCACUCACAAGGAACUGAUUCUAACGUGGAUGACAUCAAGUGUCGAAGACGGGUGUCAUACCGGAGAAAGUCCUCCGCAGGCUCCCACAACAAGGAGCCGGCGGCCACCUUCUGCGACGCCAAGCAGGGGAGGCAGAUCUACGCCUCCUCAGCAGCCGAGGAGAGGAGGGAGUCCGCCGAGGAGGGAGAGGACGAGGAGGACGAGGAGGAGGAGGAAGGCAGGGAGGAGGAAGAGGAGCAGAGGCCCUUGUGUUCUGGUGUGCUGGGCUACCCGGUGGUUAGGGACCACACUCUGGGCCUCGGGCUGAGCGGCGCACCGGACGCACCAGCUGAAGACAACACGCAGAACCAGGAGUAUAAAGAGCUCCGUGUGGACGAGUGGGUGCAUCAGCGGCCCGGCGACGGCGUGGAGGAGUCGGCCCAGUGUCAGGAGACGCCAGCCGGGGAGGAGGACAGCGACACAGAUCUCACCUACGGGGAGGUGGAGCAACGGCUGGACCUGCUGCAGCAACACUUGAACAGACUGGAGUCCCAGAUGACCGCAGACAUCCAGGCCAUCCUGCAGCUCCUUCAGCGGCAGACCACAGCCGGCCCGCCCGCCUACAGCACGGUCACCUCCAGCCCCGACUACCAGAGGCCAGCCAUCCGGCUCCAGCCGCUGUCUGCCCUCCAGACGGACCUGAGCCUGGGCCCUGCUCCGCCCCGGCCCCAGAGCCCUGCUCCAGAAACGGGCCCGAACAAAUCCAAAGAACCCUCCCCAGUCCUCCUCCACACAGAGACUCUUCCAGACGGGAACUUUGCUGGACUGCUCGAGAGCGACGCCGAGCGGAGACACGCGCCGGACGCCGUGGACUCGGCGGAGCAGCAGCAGCACCAACAGCCGCCGAGGCUCCCGUCGGUCCGACAAGCUUCUCUACCCGACGUCCCCAGCAGCUCAGGAAUGUUGGGACUCCACAGGCCAGUGUCUGACCCGGGGCUUCCAGGAAAGUAGGCCCCCCACCCCGCCGCCGGUGACUGAAGGUCUCCUCUCCAGCUUGACUCAGGGUCUAC